CCUAGCAGGCUCUCCUCUCCAUCACUCCCAGUAGGUCUACCCUCAUCUGUCCACAUCAUCACAUCAUCAGCGGAAAACGUUUCCCCUUGUAACACAGGAAGGAAACGUUUACUUUUCAGAUGGAGAAGCAGGCCGGGGCCGGCGGGGCUGCGGACGGAGCAGGGCCGAACAGAAAGCCCCGGAGCCCGCCCAGCAGCGGACCAGCCGCCGAUGAAUCUGUGGACAGUCCAACAGGCUCUCAUGUAGAGUGGUGUAAACAGCUAAUAGCAGCCACCAUCUCCAGUCAGAUCUCGGGUUCAGUCCCCUCUGACACGAUCAGCAGGGAUGGCAAGGUGUCCAAGAGGCUGCAUCUGAGGAACCGGCCGGUUCUGAGAGACAGGAGACACGUCCAAAUGGAUCAGGACCAGGUUCCUCUCUUACCAGGAGAGAGCAUCCAGACUGUGGCCAAGGAUAUGAUGUACAUCUGUCCAUUCAGCGGCCUGGUAACUGGGACUCUGACCAUCACAGACUACAAGCUCUACUUCACCAGCUUGGAGAGGGAAUCUCCGUUCAUUCUCGAUGUCAACCUGGGGGCCAUCAGUCGACUGGAAACCAUCAGUGUCCCAAACCAUGGAGAAAACACCAGGGGGCUCGAACUGGUCUGCAAGGACAUGAGGAGUCUGAGGUUUGCCUAUAAGAGAGAGGAGAAACAACCCGAAGUGGCAGACGUGGUGGCCAAGCACGGCUUCCCCCUCUCCAAUAACCUGCCCCUGUUUGCCUUCCUGUACAAGGAGGAGUUUCCUGUGGAUGGCUGGAAGGUGUACGACCCGAUGGCUGAAUACAAGAGACAGGGUCUCCCCAAUGAGAGCUGGACCAUCAGUAAAAUGAACAGCAGCUACGAGAUCUGUGAUACCUAUCCCUCUGUCCUGGUAAUCCCCACUAGCAUCAAGGAAGACGACAUCAAACGCGUGGCUCUCUUCAGAGCCAAGCACCGCAUACCGGUCCUGUCCUGGAUACACCCAGAGUCUCAAGCCACUAUUAUACGCUGCAGCCAGCCUUUAGUCGGACCUUCAGACCGACGCUGUAAAGAGGACGAGCGCUUCCUCCAGAUCAUCAUGGAUGCCAACGCCCAGUCCCACAAGCUCACCAUCUUUGAUGCCCGGCAGAGCAGUGUGGCAGACACCAACAAGGCAAAGGAUGGAGGGUAUGAGAGUGAGAGCUUCUACCCCAACGUGGAGCUGAACUUCCUGGAGAUCCCCAACAUCCAUGUGAUGCGGGAAUCGCUGAGGAAGUUGAAGGAUGUUGUUUAUCCAACCAUAGAUGAAGCCCACUGGCACUCAGCUGUUGACCAGACACACUGGCUGGAGUACAUCCGGCUGCUGCUGGCCGGGGCGGUGAGGAUUGCUGACAAGCUGGAGUCUGGGAAGACGUCUGUGGUGGUGCACUGCAGUGACGGCUGGGACCGGACCACCCAGCUCACCUCUUUGGCCAUGCUCAUGCUGGACAGCUACUACCGCACUCUCAGAGGAUUCCAGGUCCUGGUGGAGAAGGAGUGGGUCAGUUUCGGACACAAGUUUGCUGCUCGCGUGGGUCACGGUGAUGAGAACCACGCCAACUCAGAGCGCUCGCCUCUCUUCCUCCAGUUCAUCGACUGCGUUUGGCAGAUGACACGACAGUUCCCAGCAGCCUUUGAGUUCAACGAGCUGUUCCUCAUCACAGUGCUGGACCACCUCUACAGUUGUUUGUUUGGUACAUUCCUCUAUAACAGCGAACAGGAGAGGGUGGACAAGCAAGUGCAGACCAAAACAGUUUCACUGUGGUCCUACAUCAACAGCCAGCCGGAGGACUUCACUAAUCCAUUCUAUGUGGACUAUGAGCACCAUGUUUUGUAUCCGCUGGCCUCCUCCAGACAUCUGGAGCUUUGGACCAGCUACUACGCCCGCUGGAACCCAUGCAUGAGGCCACAGAUGCCAGUGCACCAGACACUGAAGGAGCUGCUGAUCCUGAGGGCCGAGCUCCAGAGGAAGGUGGACGAGCUGCAGAGGGAGGCGUCCUCCUCCCACUCCCUGUCCUCCUCCGAACACACCUCCUCCCCCACACACACUGUAGGAACACCCCUACACACCACUGUCUGACACACACACACACACACACAUUUACUCCCUCUGUGUUUACAUCAUGUGUUGUCUUACACGUGUAUUGUGAGUUAAAACACAGCGAAGUCAGAAGCUCACACAUCUGUCGUAAGAAGGGACACACCUUAGCAUUUUGCCUGCAUCAAGUCAAACAUUUAAAUUGUAAAUAUGAAUAAAUCAUACUAAUAUAUUUCUACCUGCCAAAAUGUUUACGGUUUUAUUAUUAGAUUAUUGCCAAUACAAGAAAUUAGAAAUAUAACAAAAUAAUUUUGCAAAUGUGUAGAAAUAUAAAGUAUGCACCUGCUUUUUUCACCUUUAUUCCACAUAGCACAUAUAUGCAUGUUACUGCAAUCACUUCCCUGACAGGGAGCGGCCAUUUUUAUCCCUAUGUGGAGAAAAGAGAAAUAGGCAUUUAAUGUCUACGGAUGUUUCUUUGUUACAGAUUUGUGAGAAGGUGAUGACUUUGUCCUCUUCUUAUAUGUUUGUCUUUUCCUUAUGGAACCUGGGGAAGAAAUGUGGGUUUGACCACAACCACCAGUGUGGAAACCUGUUACUGUUUUGUUUGGGCAUUGAAAAUAUGAUGAUGAUGAUGAUGAUUAUGGUUUAUGACUUGAGUGGUCAGAAAAGCAUGUCACAGUCACUCAGAUCUGAGUCCAACAGGAGGGCUGCUCUUAGGAGAUGCCUAAAGUGAGUGGAAUCUCACAAAAAUGUCCAGUUAUUUUUCUCCCAAAUUAUAGGCAAAAAGUUAAAUGUAAUAACCUUCAAAAUGGGUUAGUAAGGUGUUUUUUUUCUUUUUUUUUUUUAGUUUUCUGAGUUUGUUAAUUUCAGUCAUUAACCACUUAAUGUAUUAUUUAAGUACUGGUAUGGAUAUGAACACAUUUUCUUAUGCUCCUUUGAAAAUCUUGGCAUUUUGUAUUUUCUUUGUACUCGCCUUAGCCAUGUCAUGUUACUGCCCCUCCAUCUUUAAGAGUUUGUGAUUUUCUGUCCUCUUGUGAUUGCCAACUACUGUCUUUUUUAUAUAUAUAUAGAAAAAUCACUUGAAUCUCUUGUGUUUCUCACAAAAUAACCAAACUGUGUCUUUGUGCAUCAAACUGGAUUUAAAAUUUAAGUGUUUUUCUUUUUUUUUUCUUUUUUUCUUUUGCCUGUGUAGCUUCAGUGACUGAGUGUAGUGAGUUCAGGUCAUUUAUAUUGUUUAGGUCACCUGACUGUUUAUUGUGGUUUCUUUGUACCUCUCACUUUCCAAAAAAGAAACUUCCCUUGAUAAAAGUCCUUCUUUAACUCCUUUUUUCAUCAUUUCGAGACUGUGAACUUUAAAAUUAAACUGACUGUUGCUUAUGUUAACAAAUCACAUUUUACAGCUCUAUUAUAUAUUUGAGUAUUUAUAGGCUAUAGCAGUAUUACUCAUUCUUCACUAUUAUUGACUCCACCAGUAAGCAAGGCCACAUUUUCUAAGGCCUGAAGCAUCCAACAAGUAAUGUUUACACACAGGAAGGAAAUCUGCUUUUUAAUUCUAAUUUUUUAUUUUUUUUUUUUGAUAUCUUUCCUUGUGGUGAAAUUUGUGGUGAAUUCUGGGGGGAUUUCAAGUUGCUCUUAGCCAGCUCCCUGCGGAAAAAGACUGGAUAACUUUCUGAGACAGCUGCCUAACUCGGUAACCUCGUAACUCCUUGAUCUUUCUAAAAUGGAAAUAUCAUUUAGGUUACUUCUUCCACAACAGCUAUGAAAAUAUCAGAUGCCUCAAAUCUUUGGUGCCUGUGUUAAUCUGUGUUAACCCAGCCAUACAGCCUGUAAUCCCCUGGAAUAAAGAUGGUCCUGUUGUAUUUUGGUCCCCUAGUAAUCACUGUGGUUCUUUUUUUGUUUGUUUGUUUGUUUUUUUGUCAUCAACUUUUUCUUGGGUAAUGUCAUAAGUUUUAAAUCAUAAAGUCUGAAUAGUGGAGUGGCAGGUGAAUUGAGAAUCUUGUCCUUGUUGUUAAUCAUUUCUGUGAUAUUUGGAAACACAAAAUCCCCUUAUGAGCCAUAACCACUUCUUACAUUCCGCAUUCAAAAUAAAAAAAAAAAGAAGAAGAAUUCAAAA